CGCCCAGCGCUCUGGAGCGGUUGAGAGGAGGAGGAAAUGGCGGCUCGGCGCGGCUGAGGCUUUCGGAGGCGACGGGAUUCCCCCCCUUCACAUACCCCCUCUGCCCCCUCCCCGCGAAUCCAGCACGAAAAAGAGAAUUUCUACUUUUUGAUCCUGCUGACAACUCGGAGACUCAGUGUGGCACUUCUGAAUCAGGGAAUUCAGCAUGUGCUGGGAGGAUAAUGCUGAAUGACUCUGAUCCUUUACUGCCCUCCUCUGGCUCUCCUUGUCACUCAGCUCUGCAGGGAGAAACCAUUCGAAACUCUAAUGCUGUGUCAGCAUUUCAGGGUGGAGACACUGGUGUCCGGACUAUGGAACAAGCUGUAAGUUCACAGCCAGUGCCAUUGGAAUCUGAAUCUAAUACUGACAAUAUGGAAAACAGUUCUCCUGCAUCGGUUUUGGAUGAGAAAGGUGACCAAAGCAAUGAGGAGGAACAAAAAACUGUCAAACCUACAAGUAAAGAGUUCAGGAAAACUUGGGGGUUUCGAAGGACUACAAUUGCUAAGAGAGAAGGUGUAGGUGAGGCUGAUGUGGACUCUGGUGAGCAACAGCCCCAACAGCAACAACAAAACUUAAACCUCAGGCGUAGCGGGCGGCAACCGAAGCGAACGGAAAGAGUGGAAGAAUUCCUUACAACAGUGAGACGCAGAGGGAGGAGGAGUGUUCCUACCACUCUGGAGGAUUCAAGUGAACCAGCAUCCUGUCCAGCUACAGAUGCUGAAACUGCUUCAGAAGACAGUGUUGAGAGCACUCCAGACAUAAAGCCUGUAACUCGGAGGAUUAGCACUAGGAGUUGCAAGGACCAGAAGGGCUCUAAAAGCAGACGCAUAAAAGAGGAAGAGGAAGAAGAGGAGGAGGAAGAGGAAGAGGAGGAAGAAGAAGGUGAUCCUUCUGAUAGUGAUAGUGAUGGGUUAACACUAAAGGAGCUGCAGAAUAGGCUGAGGAAGAAACGUGUGGAACAGAAGCCUGUGCAGCUGACACUGAAGGAUAUCCAGAGCCGCCUAAGGAAAAAGAAUUCAGACCAAGAUCCUCCAGAAGCAGGUGAUGUCCAGUCUGAAAUCCAGAUUGAGUCUGAAUUGUCUGUCAAACAGGAGCCUGACACUGCAGACCAAACUGAGAUUGCAAGUCAAGUGGUUGUGCCUCAGGAAGACACUGAGGAUCUUGAGGUCCAGAAGGAGGUAACGCCUGGCCUUGACACAAAAGAGGUCACAGAUGAAGAAUCUGAAGAUCUGCCCAAAAGCAAACCUGAGUCUGAGAUCUAUGAUCCUAAUGCACUGUACUGUAUCUGUCGUCAGCCUCACAACAACAGGUUUAUGAUUUGUUGUGAUAGAUGUGAGGAAUGGUUUCAUGGUGACUGCGUGGGUAUUUCUGAGGCUCGAGGGCGAUUGUUGGAGAGGAAUGGUGAGGACUAUAUCUGUCCAAACUGCACCAUUCUGCAGGGACAGGAUGAGCCUCUUUCAGAAACAGACCAGCAGGAAGCUAAAGCAGGGCAAGUAAAUAUGGAUGGCACAGAAUUCACAAGCAUAGGAACAAUUGAACAAAAAUCUGUUGAGGACCAAGGAAUCAAGGGUAGGAUUGAAAAAGCUGCAAAUCCAAGUGGGAAGAAAAAGCUAAAGAUAUUUCAACCUGUAAUUGAUGCACCAGGAGCUUCAAAGUGCAUUGGUCCUGGCUGUUUUAAUUUGGCUCAGCCUGAUUCUGUGUACUGCAGCAAUGACUGCAUUCUCAAACAUGCUGCAGCCACCAUGAAGUUUUUAAAUGCUGGCAAAGACACAAAGCCAAAACCUAAAGAGAAGAUCAAACCAAAAUCUGAAAAAACUGGCGUGCAGAAAUCUCAGCUGCAGACAGGUACUAAGCCUCUUUCAAACCAAAAGAGACAAUUUCCUGAGAAAAGAGAGGUGAAUAUGAAGAAGACUGUUCUGACAACUGCCAGGACUGAGGCAAACACUCAACCUAUUGCUAAAGAGCCAGCAGCAGAAAUCCCCACCCCGUCCUGGGCAAGCGAUCAUAAUUACAAUGCUGUAAAGCCUGAAAGGACUGCUGCCAUUUCAUCUUCACUGUUGUUCAAAUCUCAAAGGGAAGAGAAAAAGCAGGAAGACAGAGCAGAGCCUACAGCAGCACCAAAGAAAACUGUUGCAGUUGUAAUAGAGAAACAGGCAUCUUCUCUCCCUAAGAAUCUUCCUUCCAAGAAAUCCCCGUCCUUCUCUAACCCAGCACUAACCAAGCAGCCACUUAAACCUGCUGGAAGUUUCAAAGGUGUAAUUCCCAAGAAACCUUGGCCUUCCUCAGGCACUGUUCCAGCAGCAGGCAGCAUCCCCUCCAAGCAGAGCUCCCUUUCUCAAGGCUCCUCGGUUUCCAAAAAACUGGCUGCAGCUUCCACUUUGGGUGGAGGAGUCAAAAAACCUUCACUCUCUUCCAUUUCUGCUGCAUCUGGAAGUAGCCAAGCCAAAGCCUCAGCCAGCCCUGGCCAGUCACAACCUAACUCUCAGAUUCGCCAAAAUAUUCGACGAUCCCUAAAAGAAAUUUUGUGGAAGAGAGUCAAUGAUAGUGAUGAUCUGGUCAUGACUGAGAGUGAAGUAGGGAGAGUAGCACUCAAUAUUGAGAAGGAGAUGUUUAAUUUGUUUCAAGUUACGGACAACAGAUACAAGAGUAAAUACAGAAGCAUCAUGUUCAAUCUCAAGGACCCCAAAAACCAGGGGCUUUUUCAUCGGGUUCUUCGGGAAGAAAUCCCCCUGUCAAAACUGGUGAGAAUGAAACCAGAAGAACUGUUAUCUAAAGAACUGUCUGUAUGGAGAGAAAAACCACCUAAAGCAAUGAUAGAGGCAAGAAGCAAAUCUCACGAAAUCAAGAAAGUGUCUGUGAAACGGGAACAUGUGCCAGUUGUAAAUAUGGAAGAUUCACCCCCAGUCUCUGAUUCUGAUGAGCAGCAAGAGUCAGCUCGGAGUGCACCAAAUUUAAACAGUGCUCCUUCCCUAGAUGCUUUUAGCAGCAUGUUGAAGGAUACAACAAGUCAACAUCGAGCCCAUCUUUUUGACCUGAACUGCAAAAUCUGCACAGGUCAGAUUUCAGCAUCUGAAGAUGAAGUACCACCUAAGAAGAUGAAGUCAAUGGCUGCUGUUAAAAAGGAGUCAAAAUCAAAAUCAGAAGUACAGCCCAAGUAUGAAAGUUCUGCAGCAGCCCCAGCAGCAGAGUCUGCCAAAGAGGCUGGCACCGAAAACGCGAUGGAAACAGAAGCUGCACCAGCAGCAGAAACAGUUUCUCAGCCAACUGUGGAAAGAACUUACAUUCCUACAACCCAGGGCCAUAACAAUACAGACUCUUCUGUCCCUGAAGAGACUUCUUCCUUUCCUGCCUCUUGUGCUGCCACAGUUGUCACAACCGUAACAGUUUCUGGCAGAGACCCCAGGACGGCAAUGAGCGGCUCCUCUGGUGUUGCAGCCCCAGCCCUGCGUUCGGCUCCUGUGGCUGACAAAGUUUCAACUGGGGAAACAAAACAGGACACUUCCAAACCAGUUAUGACUGUCCCCAAAUCAAUAUUAACAAAACCAUCAUCCUCACCAGAUCCGAGAUACCUAGCAGUUCAUCAGUCACCCAAUAUCAAUGCUGCAGAGCCACGCUCACCUCAGGACAGUGACACUUCCCUCUUUCUCUCUCGGCUCAACACCAUUUGGAAAGGAUUCAUUAACAUGCAGAGUGUGGCCAAAUUUGUCACUAAAGCCUAUCCUGUCUCCGGGGGUUUUGAUUAUCUUAGCGAGGAUUUACCAGAUACAAUUCAUAUUGGUGGGAGGAUCUCACCGAAGACAGUCUGGGAUUAUGUUGGCAAACUCAAAUCUUCACUUUCUAAGGAAUUGUGUUUGAUUCGUUUCCACCCUGCAACAGAAGAAGAAGAAGUUGCCUAUAUCUCUCUCUACUCCUAUUUUAGCAGUCGUGGUCGUUUUGGUGUUGUAGCUAAUAACAACAGGCAUAUCAAGGAUCUCUACCUGAUCCCCCUGAGUUCUAAGGACCCAAUUCCUUCCAAACUCUUGCCCUUUGAGGGACCAGGUCUCGAGUCAUCUCGGCCAAAUAUAAUCCUUGGCUUGGUUAUCUGCCAGAAAGGGAAACGUUUGGCCUCUGGCAUGGAAACAGAAAAGAUAGAGGAAAAGAGAAGCAGAAUUCAAGCUCAUGAGGAGACAGACACAUCCCUGUUCUCCAGAGGGCCACUAGAGAAGAAGACCCCAAAAUACACCCUUUAUGCAGGAGAUUCAGGUGUCAGCACAACACCACCAGGAUCCCCUCCACCACCUCCUCCUCCUCCUCCACCUCCUGUUCCAGACACCUCAGCAGUCACCCCCUCAGUAUUAAAAAUUUUGUCCUCGAUUAAAAGUGGAACCACAACCACUGCCCCACCACCUGUCUCACCUGCUGCUUCUGCAAGUGCUGCUGCUCCUGCCCAUUCCUCAUCCUCCAAAACUGCCACACCUCUGGAGCACAUCCUGCAGACCCUUUUUGGCAAGAAGAAAACAUUUGAGCCUCCUGCUAAGGAUCCCGAAACCGUCCAGCCUUCAAAUCAGGAAAGCCAAGCUGCUGCUGAUGGAGGAAUUUCAGGGGUUCCUUUGUUAGACCCCAUCGUGCAACAGUUUGGGCAGAUGUCCAAGGACAAAGCUAUAGAAGAGGAGGAGGAUGACAGACCGUAUGAUCCUGAGGAGGAAUAUGGUCCAGAGAAAGCUUUUGAGAUGCAGACUGGUGAGACUGACAAAAGGUAUAGUGUGGAGAAGCCAUCUACUGCAGCAGAGCUAGAGGAUGAGGCCUACGAUCCAGAAGAUGAAACCAUCUUGGAAGAAGCAAAAGUUGCUGUUGAUGAUUUACCCAACAAAAUGUACUCAGACACUAAAAGCAGUUCCUCAGAAACAUCUGCUUCCUAUGUGCCCGAUUUAUCCACGUCCUCAUCCUUGGUAGAGCAGCAAAAAAUGUUGGAAGAGUUAAACAAGCAAAUAGAAGAGCAGAAAAGACAACUGGAGGAACAGGAAGAAGCCCUCAGACAACAAAGAGCAGCUGUUGGUGUUUCAAUGGCUCAUUUUUCGGUGUCUGAUGCUUUAAUGUCACCACCACCAAAGUCUUCCCUCAUGAGGACUGAGUUGUUCCAUCAGGACCAGCAAGCUGCACAAAAAGGAGAUUUAGUUUCAUCUCUGAACCAGCAAGCACCAGCUUUAAACCAGGGCUGUGAGCCAAGGCAGAGCAGGGAUCCUCGCCAAGCCAGGAGAAUGGCAACAGAGGCCAAUGAGAGUGGUGAUGCCCGAAUGAAACCACCAGGGGUACAGAAUGAGAUGCCCCCAAAAGACAUUUCUCCAUCAGUUUUCCCCAGUCCUUUGCAGGCUUCACUUGGCAAAGAAGAGAAAACUUUAAUUUCUGCUGCUCAGCCUGGUUUUAGUAGUGAAAACUGGGUUUCAAGUGAAAAGGCUCCUACGGUGUCCCAGAAGGAAGCAUCUAACAGCAUGUUUGAAAACACAGCUCAAGUUAAUAUGGAAAGUGUCAGUCAAACAGCUUCUGGAGAACCCCCUGCAUCCAAACCUUUACGUAAAGUGCUGCUCCCAACACCUCCAAGUACCUCUUUUCAGCCUAAUUUCUCCACAUCGAAUGACAGUGCAGCUUUGCAGGAGAUGCAUAAUGUGUCCUGGCCAAAUGAGUCAAAAGAAGUCAUGGGAAUGGAUUCUUUUUCGAAUCCAAUGUUUGCUUCUCAGGAGAAGGCAGCUGGUCACUUUGAGCCAGAGAGGGGUCUUGCAUCAGUGCAAUAUGAUGAACAGAGAAAUCCUCAGUCUCAUCAAUUUGUAGAACAAAUUGAAUCUCCAUCAGUUCAGAGUGAGGGGGGACCUUCCUCACAGCACUUUGAAGAAAACCGAGCUGGACCCCCAUUUUCUAUGGCAGGGCAGAAAGGGGGCCCAGUGAUGGUCAAUGCACCUGGAGGACCUCAUGGACCUAAUUUUAGGGGACCAGCACCACAGUUCUCUGAAGAGCAUGGUUCUCCAAAUAAUGAUGGGCAAAGAGGAAGAUUUGGAGGUCAAAAGCUUCCUUCUUUAUUUUCUUCCCAGCACGGUCUUUUUGGUGACAACAGGGGGGGUCCUGCCCCUUCUUACCAUGGUGUUCCAAGGGGAAUGUCACCAUCCCAGUUUGAAGAUUGCAGGGAACCUCCCAUGGAGCAAAGGGAAUUCUCAGAUUCCCAAUAUAAUGACAUGAUUAGGCCUCCAGGACAGUUUGAAGGACCAGAUCCACCUCAGUUUAUGGGAAACAGGGGACCUUCACCUUUUCCCUUUGGAGGUCAAAGACGACCCCCACCAGCUCAGUUUAAAGGACAGAGGGGAGGUCCUCAGUUUGGAGGGCCACGAGGUCCAUCCCCAGGGCAUUUUGGGGGGGGACCAAGAGGGCCUCACCCAAAUCAAUUCGAAGGGCAGAGAGGUCCAGCUCCAAAUCACAUACCCGGGCCAAGGGGACUUUUGCCACAGCCCUUUGAAGAACGGCGAGGGAAUUCACCCCCCAGAUUUGCCAACCAGAGGGGUCCAGCACCUCUGCAAUUUGGAGGACCAAGGGGAGCCAAUCCUGCAAUGUUUCCAGAAGAAAACGAACCUCCCCCUUCUAGGUUUCAUUUCCAAGGGCAGUCACAGCAAGGUAUGAAGGCAAACCCAAGACCGCUCCUGGACCUUCCAAACCAUCCCCACAGAAAAGAGAUGUGGGAGGAAGCUGGGCCUUCAGCAUCUCUUUCCAAUGUUUCUGGACAAGGAUCUGAGUCGGAAGGACAGUGGUCAGCACCUGACUUCCGAGAAGGCAAAAAUCCUGAGUUUAGGGGCCAGGGGUUUGAAGGGAGACAGAGAGAGAGAUAUGAGGGAGGAAACAAGGACAAGGAUCAGGCAGAGCCUCAGCAAGCAGAAAAUCGACAAGGUAGAUCCUUUGAGGAGAGAAGAAGGGAUCGGGAUCACGGCAGACCUUGGGAUAGAGACCGGGGCAGAAACUGGAAUAGAGACAGGGAUUGGGAUAGACACAGAGACAAAGACUGGGAUAAAAACAGAGACAGAAACCAAAGCAGAGAGAAGGAUUCAGAGCGGGGGAAAGAAUGGGAAAGGAACAGAGAUCGAGACAGAGCGAGAAACAGAGAGAGGGAAUCCUACAGGAGACGUGAGAGGGAGAGAUCAAGAAGCAGAGACAGAGAUCGUGAGAGAGAGAAAGACAGAGACCGGGAUCGGAGCCGGGAGAAGGACAGGGAUCGGGAGAGAGAUCGGGAUCGGGACAGGGAGAGGGGGAAGGAUCGCAAAGACCGGAGCAAGAGCAGGGAAACUGCAAAAGAGGUGAAGGCAGAAACCCCGAAGGAAACUCCCAAACCAGCAGAAACAGAAGCUUCAUCUUCCACUGCUCAGGCCUAGAAAUGUGGCUGCUGAUCCUCUUUUCCCUAAAACAAUUUAUUUUUCCCACCCAGUGAGGACUGAGUCAGCAUCUCCUGUAUAUAUUGUAUAUUCUCACCUUUACAGGAACACUCUUGUAAAACUAGCCUUACAGAAAUGAACCAAUUUGAACAACUGUGAAUGGAAAUAACUCAACUAGCUAAAAGGCAAGAACAUACUGGACUUUCACUUGCUGCAUUUUGUGCAUAAUGUUUUUCUUACAAGAAAUUCACAGCGUUACCUGUACUGAAAUUUGGGGUUUUUUUUCUACUUGCAUCUUAAAGUUUCCAUUUACAGUACAGAAAUGGGAAAAAAAAGUCUAAGAAGAGCAUAUUGCUUUUUAAGAUUAUAAAGUUAUGUUUUCCAGUAACUUGAAUUGUAAUUUUAUAAGAGAAUUUAAUCCAGACUUUAGGAGCCAUACCUUUACAUCUCAUUUACAUGAUAUUUUGGUGUCAAAGUUGUUCCUACAGCACACGCUUAAAAAAAAACAAAACAAAAAAACCAGAAAAAAAAAUAGAUUCCAAUGUUGCUGUCUUGUUUAUUUCACAACAGAAGGGUUGCGUGUGUUUAGGAAAAGGCUGCAGAAAAACAGUGUUAAUAAUUACUUGUGACUGUUGAGGAUUUGAAAAAGGAAUGUUGUAAGCUUAAAGUGCACUAUCUUCCUAUAUCUCUAUAUCUCUAUAGAGAUAUAGAGAUAUCUCUAUAUCUCUAUAAGAUAUUUUUUUGUUCUGGAAUCCAUCUGUUAAGUGUACAGCAAUGAAACAAGUGAGACUUUGGUUUUUUUUCACGAGGCUGAGGAGUUUUAAAUGUUGCAUUUUUACAGAUCUCUAAGGACAGAACAGUGAAGAGCAGCACCUUUAUAACCAGCAAAACUUAUAAAAAUAUAUCAGACGUUUAUUUGAAACAGGCUGAGACUCCAAACAAAUUGGGAUACCAAAGGAAAGAAGAAGAAAUUGGUGAAAUAGGCCACUAAAUCUCUAACUUUGAUUAAACUGAUUUAGUGGAGCAUUUUUUUCUUGUUUGGUUUUAUUGUUGCAUAAUUUUGCCAUAGGCUUAAGGAACUUCCCCGUUUUCUUGUAGAUUUCAUUCUAAAAGUGGUUUUCUCCUCAAAGAAAACUUCAUUGGUUUUUUGUUAGACCCUUCUUAGGCUCAUAGUGUUCAUAAAACUCCCCACUGAAAAAAAAAUAAAAAUAAAUAGAACUUGAGAAGCAGGUGGUGGUAUUUCAUGUUGUGAUCCAAGAGGGAAGUUUUUCCCUGGGAAAUAGAUUGCCCUGCUACUUUUCCAUGGAUUCUUCAAGUAGAUAAUUCUAAAAUAUGGAAGAAAAAAACCCCCUGCUAAUUUAUUUGACCGUGUAGAUUAACAGUUGGGUAAAUAUUUUGCUAUUUUUAUAUAAUAGUUUUGGAAGGAUAAAAUUAGAUAGCUUAUCAGCAUUGAAGACUCCAAGUAGCAGGUUUGCCAUGUGUCUCACUCCAGAUUUUACAGUUCUUCUUGGUGCAUCUUGGAAGUUCUCAGACACUGAGGAUUUGCUGGUUGGAAUGAUCCUUGGUAUUUGGAACCUGCAGACAAAAUGCUAAAAGGCAGAGGUGGUAUUAAAUGCAAACAUCUACUAUGGUGUAAGAUUUAUUUUGGUUUUUUUCUUAAUGAGAUGUUUCUAAUUUAAAAAACAUACAUAAAAGUAUGCAAAAGGAAGUGUGUUUGUUUAGGUUUCCUUGCUAGAAAUUUCUGUAAAUUGUAUUUUAUAUGGCAAAUUAUAUCACUGUACAUGAAAAGAUGGGACUUCACAGGUUUUUGUUACUGUAAGUAGAAUAAACAUCUACAGAGAACUGCUGUCCAGCUC